GGGCGGGGCCUGAGCCGCGGCCUGAGGUCCGGUUGUUGCUGAGUCUCCGGGAUUUUCCCGGCCGCUCCCAGGGCCGGGAAUGAGGUCGCAGCGUAGAUCCGGGAGCGGAAUGUUGGAUUUUUGCAGCAAUGGAUAUCGAUGUGGACUACGAGCGGCCAAAUGUGGAAACAAUCAAGUGUGUGGUGGUGGGGGACAAUGCGGUGGGGAAGACCAGGCUGAUUUGUGCCAGAGCCUGUAAUGCCACUCUGACCCAAUACCAGCUUUUGGCUACACAUGUGCCCACAGUUUGGGCGAUAGAUCAAUAUCGAGUCUGUCAGGAGGUUCUGGAACGAUCCCGUGAUGUUGUUGAUGAAGUUCCUGUUUCUCUUCGCCUCUGGGAUACUUUUGGGGAUCAUCACAAGGACCGUCGCUUUGCAUAUGGCCGGUCCGAUGUUGUGGUCCUGUGUUUCUCCCUGGCGAACCCAAAAUCACUGCGUCAUGUCAAAACCAUGUGGUACCCGGAAAUCAGGCACUUUUGCCCGCGGACCCCUAUCAUCCUUGUUGGAUGCCAGCUGGACUUGCGCUUCACUGAUCUUGAUGCAGUGAACCGUGCACGGAGACCUCUGGCCAAACCCAUCAAACCCACAGACAUUCUACCACCGGAGAAUGGCCAUGAGAUUGCCAAGGAGCUGGGCAUUCCUUACUACGAGACCAGCAUUGUUGCACAGUUUGGGAUCAAGGAUGUCUUUGACAAUUCAAUCCGGGCAGCACUCAUUGCAAGACGCCACUUGCAGUUCUGGAAGUCGCAUCUUAAGAAUGUACAAAGACCUCUGCUUCAGGCCCCCUUUCUCCCUCCAAAGCCUCCCCCAGUCAUCAUAACUGUUCCAGAUUGCCUCUCAAUGGGUGGAGAAUCACCAGCCACUCUCUUUUCAACUCCUCUUUGUCCUGAUGUCAUCUUCAUUCUUCAUGAUGGGCACCAAAUCUUUGCUCACAGGGUGUACCUCGCCACUUCCUGUUCCAGGUUCUAUGACCUGUUCACUAUUGACUUAAUACAAGAAUCUUGGAUCGAUGGAGAAAAAGAGGAAGAUUGUAGAGGAGAGGGAACAAGUGGAGAAGGGCAGAAGGUGAGGACCAAGAGCCUCGAAGCAGAGAAGCAGUGCGGAGACUGUAAUAUCCAAAAGGUUGCACAGAUACCACAGAGAAAUUCAAAGAGGGAAGACAUGCUGAGCCUGCUAGAUCAUGAAGGAAUGAUGCGGGUGGCUUUAAGGCAUGGUAAACCGCUGAGCAAGUGGGGAAGGGGCUUUCAAACUAUGCAUUUGGACUAUGUGGAGGAUCCAGUGAGUGGAAAGGAGCGAUACAUGACUGUAGUUACUAUGGAUAGCCUGAUCCAGAAGGAGCCGUUCCAGGCAGUGCUAGAAUAUCUCUACACAGGCUGUAUGAGUGAGGGUCACGUGGAUCUGACACAAGUUGCUGCCAUUGCUGAGGUCCUUGAAGUAUUUGACUUGAGGAUGAUGGUUGCUAAUGUGCUGAAUAAGGAGAGUUUUAUGAACCAGGAGAUCACUAAAGCCUUCCAUGUGCGACGUGCCAAAAGGAUCAAAGAGUUCCUCUUAAAGGGGACUUUUUCAGAUGUCGUCUUCGAGCUGGACAGUGAAAGUAUUGCUGCCCACAAACCAUUGCUGAUCGCAAGCUGUGAUUGGAUGGCUGCAAUGUUCCGUGGGUCCUUCAUGGAAAGUUACAUGGACAAGGUCCCGUUGCCUGACUGCAACAGUGCCUGUGUGCAAGCAGUCCUGGACUUCCUAUACACUGGUCAGUUGGUGUUGAAUCACCAGGUGGAUGCAGUUGAACUGAUCGCAUUUGCAGACCGUUUGUGCCUGUCUGGACUCGUUGCACUGGCAGAGCGGUUUGUUGUAGAGGAUCUUGUGCAGAUGUCCAAGCAGGGGGUUGACAUCGAUGGCUUUGUCUUACAGUACCUUGAUAAGGCCCAGUUGCACAGUGCUAAACAGCUUGCUGAUUGGUGUCUCCAUCACAUCUGUACCAACUACAACAGUAUCUGCAGCAAGUUUCCAAAGGAGAUGAGGCACAUGUCUGCAGAGAACAAGAGACAUUUUGAGAAGUGGCGUUGGCCACCAGUCUGGUACCUGAAGGCAGAGGAUUGUUACAACCGCACACGGAAAGAACGAGAGCGAGAGGGUGAACUCCUACACGAGCAGCACAGCAAGAGGAAGUGGAGUUUCUGGCGGUCCAGAUCCACACCUGUCACAUAGAGAAUUGCCAGCCCCAGAUGGACCCACUGGGCACCAGGAAAGACCAGCAGAACAGUGACCUCUGUUCAAAGCCGAGACGGAUUGGGAGAAUGCCGGUGUUACACCCAAGAAUCCAGUGCUUCAUGGGUACAUGGCAGUGAUAGGAAACCAAAACAGAGACAUACCCUAGCAGAUAAGAGCUCAUGAUCCUGAGAGUGACUGUUGGAUCUUGGCAUCUCACCUCAAUAUUUGAUUCACUUCCAUCCCUUGGAACAUAAGGGCUUGAGUUUUUGCUGAAACCUUUUUCAGGGAAUAUGCUCUACAGAUCCCUGGGGAAUCUAAUCAAUCCAUGUGGAGAACAGAACUUUCCCCAGUAAUAAUACCCCAUUCAUUGUUACUCUCUGACCUCAGGCACUUUGCACCUCAAUAGACUGUUAACCAACUUUGUACUUUACCACCUGUGGCUUAGACCAUUUGGUCAACUCCUCACCUGAAGAUGUGACCUGUACUUCCCAACACAUUCCCAACACAUUCCCAAUCACAUUCCCAAUCACAUUCCCAAUACGUUCCCAACACAUUCCCAAUCACAUUCCCAAUCACAUUCCCAACACAUUCCCAAUCACAUUCCCAAUACAUUCCCAACACAUUCCCAACACAUUCCCAAUCACACUCCCAAUACGUUCCCAAUCAGAUUCCCAACACAUUCCCAAUCACAUUCCCAACACAUUCCCAAUCACAUUCCCAAUACAUUCCCAACACAUUCCCAAUCACAUUCCCAAUACAGUCCCAAUCACAUUCCCAAUCACAUUCCCAACAUAUUCCCAUCACAUUCCCCAUUCCCUUCAACUCCUAUUGAAAUUAUCCAGCAACACAAGUUAACAGUUACUGACAAUAAUCACACCCCGGUCACUCUCCCCCGGUCACUCUCCCCCGAUCAUUCUCCCCUGGUCACUCUCCCCCGGUCACUGUCCGACCCUGCAGACUGUCUGACCCUGCAGACUCUCCCCCGGUCACUGUCCAGCUCCGCAGACUGACCGACCCCGCAGACUCUCCCCCGGUCACUGUCCGACCCGGCAGACUGUCCGACCCCGCAGACUCUCCCCUGGUCACUGUCCCCCGGUCACUGUCCGACCCGGCAGACUGUCCGACCCCGCAGACUCUCCCCCAGUCACUGUCCAGCUCCGCAGACUGUCCGACCCCGCAGACUCUCCCCUGGUCACUGUCCCCCGGUCACUGUCCGACCCUGCAGACUCUCCCCCAGUCACUGUCCCCUGGUCACUGUCCGACCCUGCAGACUCUCCCCCAGUCACUGUCCCCCGGUCACUGACCGACCCCGCAGACUCUCCCCCGGUCACUGUCCCCCGGUCACUGGCCGACCCUGCAGACUCUCCCCCAGUCACUGUCCCCCGGUCACUGUCCGACCCAGCAGACUGUCCGACCCCGCAGACUCUCCCCUGGUCACUGUCCCCCAGUCACUGUCUGACCCUGCAGACUCUCCCCCAGUCACUGUCCCCCAGUCACUGACCGACCCCGCAGACUCUCCCCCGGUCACUGUCCGACCCGGCAGACUGUCCGACCCCGCAGACUCUCCCCCGGUCACUGUCCCCCGGUCACUGUCCGACCCUGCAGACUCUCCCCCAGUCACUGUCCCCCGGUCACUGUCCGACCCGGCAGACUGUCCGACCCCACAGACUCUCCCCUGGUCACUGUCCCCCGGUCACUGUCCCCCGGUCACUGUCUGACCCUGCAGACUCUCCCCUGGUCACUGUCCCCCGGUCACUGUCCCCUGGUCACUGUCCGACCCCGCAGACUCUCCCCCAGUCACUGUCCCCCAGUCACUGUCCGACCCUGCAGACUCUCCCCUGGUCACUGUCCCCCAGUCACUGUCCGACCCCGCAGACUCUCCCCUGGUCACUGUCCCCCGGUCACUGUCCGACCCUGCAGACUCUCCCCUGGUCACUGUCCCCCAGUCACUGUCCGACCCUGCAGACUCUCCCCUGGUCACUGUCCCCCAGUCACUGUCCGACCCUGCAGACUCUCCCCUGGUCACUGUCCCCCAGUCACUGUCCGACCCUGCAGACUCUUCCCUGGUCACUGUCCCCCGGUCACUGUCCCCCGGUCACUGUCCCCCAGUCACUGUCCGACGCUGAACAUUCGACUGGAAGAAAGGGCUGUUUUCCUACAGAAUUGCAGUUUCAUCAUCUGCCUUAUUGACUAAUAGUUACAGUAUUAAAGUUUAC